UUUGCAGACGCUCAGAAGGAAUGCCUCUUUCUCUCGACAGUUGAAGAAGGGCCACCGUCUUUAGAAACAUCUCUCCUUUGCGCGUACGAUUCCCGCGGGUCUACCACGUCUUUGAAAACCACGCUAGAUCCGCCAACUCUGGACGAGAUGGCGGGGCUUGAAGCCAUCAGGUAUGAGAGGGGUAAGCUUGAGGUCCUGGACCAGCUGAGACUCCCUCAUGAGUUUGUCUACGACCAAGUAUCAACGUGCGAGGAGGCUUUUGAUUGCAUAAAGUCGAUGAGAGUGAGAGGUGCCCCCGCCAUCGCAAUCGUGGCAGCGCUCGCACUUGCCGUGGAGUUGUUCCACAGGAAAGAUGGUGCCAAAACGAAGGACGAAACUCUCAAGUUCAUCAAUGCCCGCCUUGACUAUCUCAAAGGCAGUAGACCCACCGCCGUCGACCUCUCCAACGCCAUUAAGCUUCUCAAGACGAAAUCUCAAGAUGCCGCCUUGGCCUCCAGCACCGCAGAGCAAGAAACUCAGUGUGCCAAUAUACGACAGGCUUACAUUGAAGCGGCGGAGAAGAUAUUGGAGGAUGAUCACACUACGAACUUGGCCAUUGGAAGAUACGGGGCGGAGUACCUGAGACGACAGCACGAGCCCGCAACGACUCCCACAGAUGAAAAGGAACAGUCGAGAUUUUAUACCACGAGCCCUCCUGGCACCCAAGGGCUUCCCCCAAGGACAUACAGGAAGCUGAGUGUCUUGACGCACUGCAACACGGGAUCCCUAGCAACGUCUGGUCACGGCACAGCGCUAGGAAUAAUCCGUAGCCUCCACAAGAUGAACUACCUCGACCACGCCUAUUGCACCGAGACUCGGCCGUACAACCAAGGCUCGCGCCUCACCGCCUUCGAGCUCGUCUAUGAGAAGAUCCCCGCCACGCUCAUCACCGACUCCAUGGUCGGCGCCCUCUUCGCGCGCAAGAAGGAAGAGAUGAACAUCUCCGCCGUCGUCGUCGGUGCCGAUCGCGUCGCCCGCAACGGCGACACCGCCAAUAAGAUCGGCACUUACAGCCUCGCAGUCCUGGCCAAAGCGCACGGCAUCAAAUUUGUCGUCGCCGCCCCGACCACCAGCAUCGAUCUCGAGACGCCCUCGGGUGCCUCGAUCAAGAUCGAAGACCGUGCCAAGACGGAACUCACGCAGAUCAGCGGCGCCGUCGUCGAUGCCAACGGCCAGGUUGACGUGACCAAGACGGCGCGCGUCGCGAUCGCCGACCAGCGCAUCGAUGUCUGGAACCCCUCGUUCGACGUCACGCCCGCCGAGUACAUCGACGCGAUCAUCACGGAGCGCGGCGAGGUGGUGCGCAGCGCGAAAGGCACGUUCGAUUUCAAGACCAUCAUGCCGGAGCGCUGGAAGGCGCAGGUGAAGGAGGGCAGUGAUGAGGGCCAGGCGACGCAGCUGAGUCAGGUGUCCUCCAAUGGGCUGCAGACGCCGAGUAGCAGCGUGCUGAGCGAGGAGAGCGUUAUGCAGUUCCAGAUGGAGCAUAUCUAGACGAUGGGGACUGUCUCUUUACAUGGCAUGGGCAUGGUUGGUUAUGAUGAAAAGAAAAGAAACAAACAAAUGAAAAAGAUAAAAAAAAUAGAAGUCAAGUGGCUUAGACGGAUGGAUAUUGGAUAAAUUUUCUCGAUAUCUUUAUAUUAGGAAGCAUAGAGUAUCUAGAUCAAGUGAUUAAUUGCUCAUGGGAGCGACAGGAAAGAUAUUGACGCUGCUAGACGGACUACAGUACGUCGCUUACGAGCAAAAUAAAGGGGCUGCUACAACUUCGCAAUCGAUGACUUGGGAAAUGACCAGGCUUGAAUGGGAGAGGUUGAGAUAGGAGGGUCACAUCAGUUUCACUUUGCUGCAGAAAUAUAUCAAAGAACCAUUUUUUUGUCGCUCCUA